GAUUUAGCUUGGGGUAAACGAAGGAACUUCAUACGCUGCUCCAGCAACUUUAACCCGAAUUUACUUCGUUUGUUUCGAAGUCUAAGAACUUUUCAGCUGCCUGGUGUUUUUCUAAAAGCAUUAGAGUAUCAGAAUUUGUGGUAAAGAUGGACAAAAUUGACAUGAGCCUUGAUGACAUCAUCAAGCAGAGACGUAAAGAAACUCGCCAACUGGCAAAACAAAAGAAGCCGGCUGCAAACUUAAAGAAUCGCCCCUCGGGUCCAGCCAGGCAGAAACAAGGAAAGAAAGCUGGCCCCGCCAAAGCUGGUCUCCAGGCUAAAGGUCGUGGGGGUCAACUGAAACAGUUCCGUGCUCGGAUAGGAGGGAAGAAGACUCUUGCAAAGGGUGUGGCUAAGUUUCAGCAGCAGGGCGUGGCCAAAAUGAACAGACUUCCAGCGAGAAAGAUCGGCAAACAGCGUGUGGCAGUUAAAAAAACAGCAGGAACACAAGUUGCUAAUCGUUACAUAAAGCAACAGCAGCAACAACAACAACAACAGCAGCGAGUUCAACAGACCAAGACAGCAAGACAGCAGCAGUUCAACCAGAGGAGAGGAAUUCAGACAAUACCCCAGACACCACAGACAGCAACAAGGAAAAGAGUGAAGCGGCAGAAUGUGGUCAAUGUGCAGACAAAUAUCCCUCAGACAAACCAGCAACUGAGUAGGAGGCAAAAGCAGAAAAUGAAAAGGUUACAACAAAACCAGCAAUUACCUAAGACAAACUUCAUCAACACACAACAACGCCAAACCAACCAGUUUCAGCCAGCUCCCAAGAACUCCUUCAUCAACACACAACGCCAGAACAACAACCAAUCUAAGAAAGCUCAAAGACAGAAACCACAGAGAGUCAACAACCAGCAGAGGAACAUCCCUAAGAUCAACCCUAAGCUUCUCACCAUCUCCAUCAGUAACCCAGGGGCAGCACAAAGUUUCAAGCCAGUCAAGAUCAACAGGAAGAAACCAGCAAUGCAGGUCGGUGGAACAUUAAAUGAUCGAUUCGGCCAAUUCCAGCAGCAGCCUAAGAAUGUUCCAAACAAUUCGAGGAGGAAACAACAAAGAGGUCGAGGCAAUGGUGGGCGCACGGUACUUCUCGUCUGAACACAAAUAUAUUGUGAACAAAACAGCAACUGAAACAUUUUGUUGUCAGAGUGCAAACACUGAUGGUUGGUACCAUGGUUAUUGUUUCUAAAGACCCAUGUCACACGAUGCAAUUUACAGGCUACCAGUUCCAGGCAAACUCCAUGAAAAAAAAAGGUAUUCACAUUUCAAUGUUCACACAUUUUCUUGUUGAUCGUAAGACAUUGUUGAAAAAAUGAGCCAUGUGCUAGCAGUGGUCUAGCAGCAUGCACUGCAGUCAGUAACCUCUAAGUUGCCUUUAAAAGUUGCCUCUUGUGACAAGGCCUAAAUAUGAAAGCAAUAUCAGAGACUUGUGGUAAUGUCACCAACUUUUUCUGUGACAUGUACAAAAUUAGUGUGAGAUAAACUAUUUUUAGAAAUAAGAUAAAUGGUGUAGUAGUGCAGGUUUAUUUUUCAACCGAACGUCUCUGAUUUCGGGUUAUACUGUGUUAAUUAUUGUUUCCCUGCUGCAGAAGCUUUCAAGUUGACAAAUUGACAAAAGAAUUCUGGUUUAAGCUGCCAGACUGAGAUGAUGGAAAAUUUGAAAUGAACCAAGCUGAAAUUUUUUAAAUGGUUUUGUUUCUUUGCAAUUCGUUUUAUUCUGGUAAAGUAUAAAUACAUUUGAAUGCAUUUCCCCCCUUCAUUUUCUAUGAUUUUUGGUGUGUUUUUUACAUUUGUUUCCCCCAUAAGCGAAGUCAAAUUGAAACUUUGAGUGUUUUUCACCGAAAGGAUAACAUUUGAUGAUAGAAAGUUCAAGCAGAACAUUUUGUUUUUAAAUGAGGGAUUUGGUAUAGUGAAUGCUUGCUCCUGUUUUAGUAUUCACUCUCCACUUUUAUAGAACAACUUUAUAAGUUUACUUUAUUGUUUUGCUUUUAGAAGUAAAACCAAUCAUUAACUUCUGUGACAGUGCUUGGUUGGAUGUUAUUUAAUUUUACGUUAUUUAAUUGUAUUAUUUGUAUGUAGUUUUGCAGUGUGAUGUUCUUCCAAUUUCUGAUGAUUUAAUUUUCUUUCUUCCACUGUUAUUUCUUUAAUUGUUAUGUGUUUGUAUCUACUUAGUAAGUUAAUAAUAGAAACUUUAUUUGGAGCCGAUGAAUUAUUUUAUUAUUGUUCAUUUGAGUGUAUAGUGUAGAAAAAAACCUUCAAAUUCAAUGUUUUUUAUACCCAGUUAUACAAAUUGGGGUUGAACUCUGUUUUGGUAUGUAUAUAACUCACAAAUAGGAAAAAAAAUAAAACAAAAUAAAACAAUUGUCAGGGUAAACAUUAAGGACGUAUUUUAUUUAGAUUUGAAGCCUAAAAAUAAAUUCUCCUCAAUGUCCGUUUUUCAUCAAAGACACUGAGUUUAAUUCACCACCAUCUUGACCCAAGGAAAGGACAAAGUCAGGACACAUUUAAGAGAGGGAAAUAUAAUUACGUUUCCUUGUUAUAAUUGCAUUCCAAUAUUGAUUAGAAAAACAAAACAUGCACACACACCGGUGCCUAGCAACAAUACAAUUUCAUUUCAAACAAAUUGAAAGCAAUUCCCUCAUAAAAGUUCUUAUUUCUCCUGGAAUGUUAUUUAAUUAUAGAGAUACUUUACCCUUUGCGUGUAAGUUUCGUUCACCAGUCAUUGGAAACGGGAACAAUUUUCUUGUCUGAGAUUUAAUUAUAAAAAAAAAAGAUAAAACAAGGUCUGCAGGAGUUGUAUUUUAAAGACAAUGAAGAAGUAGAGGGUUGUUAUUAAUUGAAUUACUCCAAUUUGUUUUAUUUUUAAAGUCUGAGGUAAAACGUUUCUUUUGAAUGUGUUUAAAAUCGGUUUUAA